UGCAGCCGCGCACUACAGUAGUGUUCAAGACCGCGGGGUCUGCUCACUAUGUAGUGCACUCCGAGAACUGGGACGGUGUGAAUAGUGACUGAAGCACUAGGCCACUAGGUUACACAUGCGCUGGAGGUGCACGCGCCAGGGCUCGCGCUGUUUAUCUCAUAAGUACUAGAAAUGGUGGGGAAAAUAAAGCGCGCGCGGCAGAAGCUUCACCAGGACGCUGUGAGGAUCAACAGCGAGGGAAAGAAAAGCUCAGAGAAUCUUCUGGAAAAGACUCCUGAGUUACCUCUAAACACCAUCACCUCAAAACCUGAACAACACACACAGCCAGCUGAGAAAAAGCCCAGAGAUGUCACUACGUUUAACUUCCCCAGGGCGGUUUUUGCGGGCACGGUGAUUCCUCCUGAAGCUCUUGUUCAGACUCUCAGCGUCUCUGAGCCCUCAGCAGGACAAACGGCAAAGCAGACAGCGGAAGAGCCCCGAGGUGUCGGGGAAAAGAAGCAGCAGUCGAAGAAGGAGAAGAUGAAGGAAAGGCGAGAGCGAUGGCUCAACAAGAUCAGCGCCAUUAAAUUGGCCCAUAAGAAGCAGGCGGAGCUUAAACGCCGCAGGGCCACGCCCGUCGUCGGGGAUAUGAGGACAUUGGCUGAUGCACUUCCUGAGCUCCGCCCUUUCAUCAGAGCGCCCGCCUCUAGGAAACAGAAAGGCGUGGUGAAGACGAAAGCAGAACCCACAGAUUUCUGUCAGAUGAAGCCAGCACAGAAACGCAAACUGCUUGAGAUGGAGACGUCCCGCUUCAGUGAGGCCAUGAAGGACUCCACCUUUAAGGCCAACCCCCUGACUGUGAUUGGUGAACACCUGAGGAAACGCCUCAGACAGGAAGAUGAGCAGAGUUAACCCCGCCUACUUUCUCCAGAUGGACUCACAGUCACACGGACGUUGUGAUCUGAGUGCUGCUCGGUUUCCCCUACCGGACGCGCGUGUGUGUGUGUGUGUGGGUGGGUGUGUGGGGGAGAGAGAGAAUGCCUGUCUUUGCCUGAGCUCCCACUAUCACUGCCAGUGCUGGAGGUAAGAAGAAUGAGAUCCUGAAGAUGUUUCUCAGCAGUAAAGUGUCUCUGAUGCACCGUGAGCAGGAGAUCAUGUCAUCAUCAUCUCUACAGUUCUGCUCAAAAAGAUUGUAAUAUUAAAGAAACAGAAGAAGCGUACAGUCAGUUCCCAGGUGUUCAUCUUAAAGGGGAGCUGUGUUUGUCUCUCUGUGCUCAGGUGUGUGUGUUUGUGUGAGUAAAAUCAUGUGUACACAUUCAGUACACACUCCAAAA